AGGGUGCACGAACCUGCAUUUACUGGGGCCUCCUGGGUGCCUCGCGGUCGCCCCCAAGCGCUUUUUCUAAAAUAAGCAUCUUGCAGCCAUAACUACCCAGCCCCGCGGAGUUCGAGGUCACAGAAAUCAACCCCAAGCUUCAGCCUCUGACCCACUAAGCCCCGAUGGGCCCCGCGAGGGGCACGGCGAAGCCCAGGCGCUUCUUCGGUGUCUACCUGCUCUACUGCCAGAACCCUCGGCAUCGGGGCCGCGUCUACGUGGGGUUCACGGUCAAUCCUGCUCGUCGAGUCCGGCAACACAACGGCGGUCGCAAAAAAGGCGGGGCCUGGCGGACCAGCGGAAGAGGACCCUGGGAGAUGGUGCUUAUCGUGCAUGGCUUCCCAUCUGCUGUGGCUGCCCUUCGGGUAAGAAAGUUCGAAUGGGCCUGGCAGCACCCGCAAGCAUCGCGCCGCCUGGCUCACGUGGGGCCGCGCCUGCGCAGCGAGGCCGCCUUCGCCUUCCACCUGCGCGUGCUGGCGCACAUGCUGCGCGCGCCGCCCUGGGCGCGCCUCCCGCUCACACUGCGCUGGCUGCGCCAGGACUUCCGCCAGGAUCUGUGUCCCCCGCCACCGCCCCACGUGCCGCUGGCCUUCGGGCCGCUGCCGCCCCGGACCUGCGCUCUAAAGUGCCGCACUGGACCUGUGGCUGACAGCGACUCAGGACCCGACCUGGGUGCUGGGGACAGCUGCACCCUAUGCGCACGCGCGCUCCAGGAUGAAGAGGGACCCCUGUGUUGCCCCCACCCUGACUGUCCCCUAAGGGCCCACAUGACUUGCCUGGCAGAGGAGUUCCUUCGGGAAGAACCAGGGCAGCUUCUGCCCCUAGAGGGCCAGUGCCCUAGCUGUAAGAACACACUGCUUUGGGGAGACCUGAUCUGGCUAUGCAGCAUGGGCCCUGAGGAAGAAGAGGAAGACUCAGAAUUAGAAGAGGACCACUGGACAGACAUGCUGGAGAUCUGAUCCUCAGUGUCCCAACCCUGCCACCUACUUCCUUUUUGUCUCUCUCCCCUGUGGUCUGGGCAGUUUUUACUUGACUAGAAUAAAAAGUCUGACUUUUGGGUACUUUCUGGUGUUUUUGUGGAGACCUGGUUGAGGGGAGUAAAAGUAGGAGAAAGGGCUGCUCGCCCAGCCAUGUGACUCACCUCUCCCUUGCCUGAAGAUCCCUCCACCUCAGUUUCCCCAGUUUUCCUCUGCUUAGAAAAUUCUUUAGAGGCUUAUGAGAAUCACACCCAUGAAUCAGAGCCUCUGCACCUUCAGUGGCCAGCGUGACUUCAGAUCUUAAUCCAAACAUUAAAUCAAAGGCCAUGGAGGAGGAGGGGUGCCCUCCCUCCACUGACCCCAUGCCUCUUCCUGUUUGUCUGCAGAGCCCUCAGGAAGAAAAGCACCUUC